AUGGCCAAGAAGCGGAUUGCAGUCAUUGGAGCUGGAAUCAGUGGGCUGGGUGCCAUUAAGUGUUGCUUGGAUGAAGAUUUAGAACCCACCUGUUUUGAAAGAAAUGAUGACAUUGGAGGUCUCUGGAAAUUUCAAAAAUAUACAUCAGAGAAAAUGCCUAGUAUCUACAAAUCUGUGACCAUCAACACUUCCAAGGAGAUGAUGUGUUUCAGUGACUUCCCUAUACCUGACCAUUUUCCCAACUACAUGCACAACUCCAAGAUCAUGGACUACUUCAAGAUGUAUGCCAAACACUUCGGCCUUUUGAGCUACAUUUGUUUUAAGACCAGAGUGAGGAGUGUGAGGAAGCAUGCGGAUUUCUCUUUCAAUGGAAAAUGGGAUAUUGUUGUGGAGAGGGAUGGGAAGCAGGAGACUCUGGUCUUCGAUGGGAUUUUGGUCUGCAGUGGACACCACACAGACCCCUACUUACCACUUCAGUCCUUCCCAGGCAUUGAAAAAUUUAAAGGCUGUUAUUUUCACAGUCGGGAAUACAAAACUCCUGAGGAAUUUUCAGAAAAGAGAAUCAUUGUGGUUGGCAUUGGGAAUUCUGGAGUGGACAUCGCAGUGGAACUCAGUCGUGUAGCCAAACAGGUAUUCCUCAGCACUAGACGAGGAGCGUGGAUCUUACACCGUGUUUGGGACAAUGGAUAUCCCAUGGAUAGUUCAUUUUUUACUCGGUUCAAUAGUUUCCUGCAUAAGAUAUUCACUACAUCCUUCAUAAAUAAUCACCUAGAAAAGAUCUUGAAUUCACGAUUCAAUCAUGCACUGUAUGGCCUGAAGCCUCAGCACAGACCUUUAAGCCAGCACCCAACGAUCAGUGAUGACCUGCCCAACAACAUCAUUUCUGGGAAAAUCCAAGUGAAGCCCAACGUGACAGAGUUCACUGAAACAGACGCCAUCUUUGAGGACGGCACCGUGGAGGAGAACAUUGAUGUGGUUGUCUUUGCCACAGGAUACAGUUUCUCUUUCCCUUUCCUCGAUAGUUUGGUGAAGGUUAACAAUAACGAAGUGUCCCUGUAUAAACUUAUGUUCCCACCUGACCUGGAGAAGCCGACGCUGGCCAUCAUUGGUCUCAUCCAGCCACUGGGCAUCGUCCUUCCUAUUGCAGAACUCCAGGCACGCUGGGCUGUGCGAGUGUUCAAAGGGCUGAGCAAUUUGCCCCCAAUGAAGAUCAUGAUGGCAGACAUUGCCCAGAGGAAAAAGGACAUGGAAAAAAGGUAUGUGAAGACCCCCCGCCACACCAUCCAGGUGGAUCACAUUGAGUACAUGGAUGAGAUCGCCAUCCUGAUGGGGGUGAAGCCCAACCUGCCCCUUCUCUUUCUCUCAGAUCCAAAGCUAGCCUUGGAGGUUUUCUUUGGUCCAUGUACCCCAUACCAAUACCGCCUACAGGGGCCAGGGAAAUGGGAUGGGGCACGGCGAGCCAUCCUGACCCAGAGAGAACGCAUCACCAAACCCCUCAAGACUCGAGUCACUAGUGAGGACUGCCACUCAUCCUCACAGCUUUCUUGGAGAAAGAUGAUACCAAUUAGCCUGGCAUUUCUGACUGCUGCCUUCACAUACUUCAGAUACAUUCAUCAGUUUAGACAGAAAUGA